AUGAAUUUGAGAAAAUUUUCCUAAUAGACAUAUUUUAAAGCAAAAUGUUUACAUCCAUAGAAAUAGAAAUAGAAGGGUGUGAAUUCUAAACAUAUCAAACCUAUUUAUGAAUAUGAAAAGAAAGAUUUGAAAGAGUAGUUUGAAUAGAAUUAGAGCAAUUAACAAACUUAUAUUAAUUAAGAUACUAAUGAGUUAACUGUUUCUGAUUUUGAGACAUCUACGAAUAUGGAUAAAAAAUGUAAAAUUUACAUAAUUAAAGUAAUUAGCAAUCCAAGGACUUAAAGAAAACAUUUUUCACCAAUCUUUAGAACAAAUAAUAUUACAAUUGAUCCAAAUUCAACUAAAUUCUAAUUAUCAUUAUCUAGAGAAAAAUAAAUGAGUAAUGAUGUUAUUAGUUUAUGGGAUUCAAAUUAAAGAGGAAAUAAAUAAUCUUACAAUAGCUUUUAAUUUGAAGAGAAAUAAACAUUAAUUAGCAAAGGUUCAUAGAAAAAGUUAGAGAAAGGAAUAAAAAUAUAGUAAGAAUUGGAUGAAUUUCUUAAGUUUAGACAUUAAAAUAUAUAAGCUUCUUUUGAUUGUACCAAACUUAAAAAACUUGAAAAAAGAAAAUAACAUUCAAAAAUUAACCUCGAAUAUCAAAUUGAUUAAAGCAUUGAUAAGUAAAACAAUGAAAAAGAAUGCUAAUUUAAUUAUAUGACUGAUCUAAAUUAAGAGAUAUAUACUAAAUUAAAUAAUUCUUCAGAAUUAUAAUAAAAAUCAAAAUCAUAAAAUAGUACUUCUAUUAAAAGUAAUCCUUUAAUUCCAAUUCACAUAAGAUAUUAAUAUGAAAAGGAAUAUAAAGAAGCUAAAUAAAAAUAAAAUAGUCAAAAAUUAAAUGAAUAAUAAUAUUAAUAAAGUAUAAUUUUAUAAUAAUUAAAGAAAAAAAGGUUAGUAAAGAUUAAAUAGAAGAAUUUUUUAAAGAAUAAUAGAGAUUUAUGAAGAAAAGAGCUGAAUUUUUUGAAAAGGAAUUUGAAAAGAAACUUUGGGAAGCAUCUUAAAAUGAAAAUGAAUUUCUUUAUUAACCAGUGCUAAAUGAAUAAUCUAGUAAAGUAGUUCUUUAAAUAUAUAUUCAUAGAUUUUAGAUAGCAAAUUAAAAGGAAAGAAUUUUGAUUAAAGAAUAGAAUAAUUUUAAUAAAAUAGAUAAAUUAAAAUAGAAUAAUAAAUUUAAAAUAUGAAACCAUCUUUCACUCCUACAAUAAGUAAAAAGUCAAGAAAAGUAAUAAUUUAAUAAUAAAUUAAGCUUAUGGAAAACCCAAAAUAAAGAUUAACUUUAAAAAAUGAAAAAAGUUUUCAAUAAUAAAAUUGGAGAGCAAAAACUUAAGAAGGAUAAUGA